CAUUCAAUGGAUCAUAAUAUGGACAAUUAUUUACGUAGUGAUCAUCAAACAUCCACAUUCUUGGAAAAAGGUGAAACUAAAAUAUUAAAAUACUGGUCGAUAGUUCCUGACAGUUAUUUAUCCAUAACUGUUACACCAUGUGGGUCAAAAUUAAACUGGACAGUACAGUAUUGUCCGAGUAAUGAUUCAAUGGCAACAAAAACAUUACACAUUUCGGGUGAUACCAGUACAUUAACCACAUGGCGUGGAAGUCAUAUGCCACGUGGAUUAUUUAAAAUACAUAUAACAGCGUUAGACAAACCUGGUAAUGUACAAGUUUAUACAAGCACGGAGCCUGGUGGACCACAAGCGCUAAUUAGCAAAACACCUCGUAUACGAUUUCAAAAUCAACAACGGAAUGGACGUUUAAUGGUGAAAUGGAAUCAGAGUGCAGUGGAUCCACAUGUAACGCAUUACUGUUUGGUAGUAAGUUCGAGUAAAAAUUACACAUCAUUAUGCGAGGCUCAAGCAACACACUAUGGGAAUGCAAUUACGACAUUAUCACAUAUAAAUUCACCACGCGGAAAAAAACCGAAAGCUGUUGAUCGGGUCGGAAGAAUGGUAAAAAGUAAGAUUUCUCAUAACGAAGCUAUUUUGAUAAAAUGCGUUGGACCACGUUUGCAAUAUACUGUAGCUGAAUUAGAAAAUGGACAUUUAUAUAAUUUUGAUUUAUUUGCUGUAAAUCAACAGACAAAUUUUAGUUUUCCAUUUGGUUCAACAACAUUUCGAUUUAAUCGUAAAAUCAAGCCUCAUUCAUUGCGAGAUGGCAAACCAGCAUUUGUUAAUUUGAAAAAGUUGGAUGGUAAAGCUGUAUUUCGAUAUAAGGUAACAGAAAGGCACGCAAGGGAUUUAUUAUUCUAUGUAAUGCCUUGUGGAGGUGGUGUUCAAGUUGAAGUAACAUUAAAAGGAUCCAGAAUUGUACAAAAACGUCGUGUUGAUGGCUAUGAAAAAUUAUUGGUUAGAGCACCAGCUAUAGGCCAACGUUAUUACAUUCGUGUAACUUCAUCAAAUAAAGAAGAAUUACGUCGAACUAGUGGCGUAGAAGUUUUAGCAACAACAAAUCCAACAUUGCGAUAUCCAUUGCCAAUAAUGCCAGAAAUAUCACAAGUUUAUCAAUAUUCUUCUGAUUGUGACGGAAUAACUGUUGGUUGGCUAUCAUCACCCGAUACAAGAGUUUAUGAAUACUGUGUGUACGCACGUGAGGGUAUUAUACGUGAAAUGGAUGGACCUAAAAUGUCCAAUCAAUGUGGAUUAGAAACACGAAUGCGUAAAAGUGCUGACUUUGCAGUAAGAUACUGUCAAGAUUGGAAAGGUCAUAAGCCCGGAAUCAUGACACAAAGAAUUAGUCAACUAAAGCCGGGACGAAAUUAUGUAGUGCAAGUAACUGUACGAAAAUUAGAUGGAAAAGCAUUAUCUUAUGAUUUACUACAAGUGCAAACAAAACCAAUUUGUAAAGAAAAUAACACAAUUUAAAAACAGUGUUUUUUAAGUUAAAUGUUAGCGCUAGCAGGAAUUGUAAGAACAAUGGUAGGUUAACUCCAGUUAUAGAUCAUUUCCUAUGUUUUAAUGUAGAAUGGAUUUUUUAUGGUUUAAGAGUUAAAUUCCCACACCCAGCGGCUUUUUGAAGAACACAAAUACAUCCUCAUCUGAUCGACCCAAAUAUUUGUAUAUGUAUUGGUAAUCUUCGUUAGUUCGAUCAAAAGUUCCCAAAGAGUUUUCCAAAUUGAUCCGUUUUCUUUAUAUAUAAAUUAAGAAAAGAAUUUUUUUUAAAGAUUACUGUAAUUCUCGAGCUAUCUGAAACCAUUAAAAAUCGAUUAUACGGGUCAAUAAACAUAGGAAAUAAUCUAUGCCUCGAGCCCUCGUAAAAAUUCUUUCGAUAUUCACAGAAUUCCUGCCAGCACCUA